UGCGUCUUGCGUCUCGCUGUAGGCCUUGUAUAGGGCUCUUCGUCACACUCACCAUACUUGUACAGUCCGGAAGCGACGAACAUCGUAUCGGGCGGAGGGAUGCCGAGCAGGGCACCGCCUGCAAGUAUUAGAGGCUCGUGGCUAGCUUUCUCUGCACUCCCACCGUCGUGUUGUCCAAAACCCUCGAGUGGAAUCUACUGUCGAGCAAGAUAUGGCCAGGGGGCUAGGCGCUACUCCUAUCAGGAGAUAGUGCUGUGCGGCUUCGUUGCCGACGGAAAAGGGAGGGCGAUAGCUCCAGCCUAUGAGCGGGUCGAGACGAGGGUGAGCGGAUUGAUGAAGAGAGCCAGCGAGGAUGGGAUUGCGAUGCGAUACGAGUGUGAGAGUAGGAAUUUGCUCUGAACAAGCGACGAAGUUGUAGUCUACCCUCGGAGUUGGCCGUGUGGCCUGGCCUGGCCUACCACUCAAGUCUACUCAUCCCUCCCGCGGCGGGUGUUGAUCUCGGG